ACGAAGCGCAGUUCGAUGUGGGCGGCCACCCCAACCCUCUCUUUCCCUUCUCCCAUUUCGGGAAAUUGUCGAACACGUAAAAGCUUCAACCUCGGCCUAAGAGCAUCGCUCUUUGACUAUCCUCUUGCUGGCAGAAUCUUCGUUACGAAUUUUCCAUAUUCUACCAAAGAAAGGCGUUUGCAGAAGGAAUUUUCCAAUUUUGGCGAAAUAGCUGAAGUUAAGCUUGUCAAGGAUGAAUUCACAAAAAGAUCAAAAGGAUAUGCUUUCAUUCAAUAUACUUCUCUGGAUGAGGCUAUGGUCGCCGUAAAGAACAUGGAUCAACAGGUAUUUGAUGGCAGGAAGAUAUAUGUUGAAAUAGCUGAAGGUGUAUAGUUUGUGGUUACCAUUCUGAUCCGGUUGUGGUUCAAUAAUUCUCAA